CCCGGACCCUUCCCAGCUUCCGGACCCUCCGUGUCGGGCCGCUUGCUUCAGGGAGCCCAUCCCGCUCCCCUGCGCCCCCGGCCACGCUCCCCGCCUCCCGCCCUCCCUCCCCUCAGCCCUCGGUCGUCUUUCCUCUUCCCGCACUUCCUUCCCCUCAGCCGGCUGCCGCCUUCCCGCUCCCCGGCUCCUUCUCUGCUCUUCCCCCAGCCCUCUCCCCUCUGCCCGGCUGCACCGCGGCCCAGCCCGCUGUUCGCCACGGGUCAGAGUGGUAGAGGAAGCGUUUCUCCCUCAACUCUUGGAUACUUGGGCCCCUCAGGUGGCAGCGCUGGUUACACCUCCGUUUCCUGGGAGGGGGCAGAAGUGUUUGCAGUGGGGUUUACGAGAUGUCGGGAGAUCAGCGUGUUGAUCCCUGUACUCAAGAAAGUGAUGAUGAAGAUCACAGUGAUAUAGCUGAUGCAAGGCCAGACAGAAGUAGCAGAUUCUCACUUUUUGGAAAGUAAAAAAAAGAAGAAUGGAGAAGAAGAACAGCCAAAGUCCUCUCUCAGCAAUCAGUACCGAAUUGUUACACCCACAUUCCAGUAUAAUAUGGACUACAAGAAAGUUGGCAAAUGUAUUAUUAUAAACAACAAAAAUUUUGAAGACAAAACAGGGAUGGGAACACGCAAUGGCACUGAUAAAGAUGCUGGAGAUCUUGCUAAGAGUUUCAGAAGCUUAGGGUUUGAUGUUCACACAUACAAUGACCGAAGCCGUGGUGAUAUGGAAAAAUUACUGAAGCAAGCUGCCGAGGAGAAUCACAGUGAUGCCGCUUGUUUUGCCUGUAUCCUUCUGAGCCAUGGGGAAGAAGGUCUCAUCUAUGGCACUGAUGGACCCAUGGCUAUCAAGAGUCUGACUGCACUGUUCAGAGGAGACAAGUGUAAAAGCCUUAUAGGCAAACCCAAAUUAUUUUUCAUUCAGGCAUGCAGAGGCUCUGAAUUUGAUGAUGGUAUACAAACUGACUCUGGACCUGCAAAUGACACUCUGGAAACAGAUGCCAAUCCAAGAUACAAAAUUCCAGUAGAAGCAGAUUUUCUGUUUGCAUAUUCCACAGUGCCAGGUUAUUACUCCUGGAGGAAUCCUGGAAGAGGCUCCUGGUUUGUGCAAUCUCUGUGCUCUGUGCUCAAUGAGCAUGGAAAACAACUUGAGAUCAUGCAGAUCCUCACACGAGUGAACUAUGUGGUUGCCACAAAUUUUGAGUCACAGUCUGAUGAUCCACGCUUCAGUGAGAAGAAGCAGAUUCCCUGCGUGGUCUCUAUGCUCACUAAGGAACUUUACUUCUGAUGAAAGUGAUUUUUAAUGCAGCCAGUUAUGAAAGAUCAGGAUAUGGGUUUGGGUGGAGAUUUGAUUGAAAACUGGUGUAACACAUUUUUAAGAACAGAACUGUAAUUACACUAGAUUUUUAUAUUGUAUAAGCUGGGUUAUCUGAUGGGUGGACAAUAUACAAGAUUUUAAAGAAGAAAGAAAUGCUGUGAGCCAACCUGACAGCUCAUACUAGUCACUGUAUCUCGAUUUCCCUUAGUGUGGCUGUCAUGUUUUAUGGCUACAGAAGAGCCAGAUGUUCUGAGAGUCAGAUACAUGAUCCAUCAAGUUUUAUUCCAGGAAACAGAUUGUAAAUUAAGAACAAAUAAAAUAAAUUGUGAGACUCCAUCAUUUCUUUCACUGCUCAUGGAACCAUAACUUCCUUGGAAAUUACAAAGACCAUCAUAUCAUGGCUAUGUCCAGUGAUGGAACAGUUCAUACCUGUUUACAAGGGUCUUUCCUAGUCUAAUAUAUUAAUUUCCUCUUAAUGAACAUUAAUGGUGAAGACUGAUGGUUGCUCUGGAAGUCAGUUGACUUAGUUAUCAGUCUAGCAUAAGAAGGAUAAAUAGAAAAAAAUCAGUAGUUGUAGAUUGUUACACAAAUAGUAUGGAAAUGUAACAAAUGGAAAAAUCAAAAUGAAAAUAUUUGUAAAAGAUUGGCAAACUGUAAUUGGAUGAUGCCUUAUGAAAGCAACACGGUAAAGAUUUUUGUCUUGCAAAUGCAACUGGUAGAAUGGGCUGAAACAGUGGUAUUGCAGUUUUUCUGCUUGCAGAAAUAAAAAUUUCUUGAUUUUUGAAUUUAAAAAAGUUUGAUUCAGAUGUUUUGAACCAACAGAAAGCUGAUGCCAAGGCUUUGAUAUAAAACAUCUAAUUUGAUGUUGGAAUGAUAGAAGGAUAUGUUCUAGUAACAAAUGUAUGUUUCAAUAUUGCUUCCAUUUUUGAGGAGUUUUGCCAAGACUGGAAAUACUUACUUGAAUCAGAAACCAGAAGUGCCUUCUUAGUUACUGUAUGGUCUUCAUUUUGUAUUUUGGAAUUAUGUCAAUGAUGUUUGUAUUCCUAGUUUUUAUAUUCUCUUUAAAGUUGGUAGCUAGCUCAAAAAAGUAAAUUUAGUAAUUUGGUUAAACUGAUAAAUUAUUAAUUGUUCACCUUUUUGCUAGUUAAUGUAUUCUGUGCUCUUCUGAAAAGAUCAAAGGAAAUAAGAGCAUGCUAUUAAAGCCAAAUCAUCCAAUUAUUAAGUUUACUUUCAUGCAAAAACUGUGGCAUAGUGAUGCAUAUAUUUUUUCAUAAGUCAAGUUUACAGUUGUUUGAAUAAAUAAAUUAUUGUUUUAUGGAUGUCUUGAGCAUGAAAUCAAUAAAGACCUAUUU